GGACUCCCGCAGACGGAAGCAGGAAGUAGGUGUUCAGGAAUGUGGGUGUUAGAAAGUGAAACAGAAGAGCUGUUCGAAUUAAAAACAGCCUGUUAAUUAAAUCCGAUAAAGAUGAUUGAGACCUCGAACAGAAUGUGAGAGUCGCGUGGGACACAUCAUGCUGUUCAAACACAUCAGACAGCGCAGUGUCGGCCGGCCGAAGGUGGCUCAUGCCGUGGUGGUGAUCUUCUUGGAGUUUUUCGCCUGGGGUCUCCUGACCACCCCAAUGCUGACCGUUCUGCAGAUAACUUUUCCGCAGCACACGUUCCUCGUGAACGGACUCAUUCAGGGCAUCAAGGGGUUUCUGUCGUUCAUGAGCGCUCCUCUGAUCGGUGCCUUGUCUGAUGUUUGGGGCAGAAAGAGCUUCCUGCUGCUCACAGUGUUUUUCACCUGCGCCCCCAUCCCACUAAUGAGGCUCAGCCCAUGGUGUUUCUUUGCUCUGAUGUCUGUCUCGGGGCUUUUCGCUGUUACAUUCUCUGUGAUAUUUGCGUAUGUGGCUGAUAUUACAGAAGAGCAUGAAAGAAGCACAGCGUAUGGACUGGUGUCUGCGACGUUUGCGGCGAGUUUAGUGACGAGUCCGGCGAUAGGAGCGUUCCUGUCCCUGCGCUACGGAGACAGUGUGGUGGUUCUUCUGGCCACCGUCAUCGCUCUGGCUGAUAUUCUGUUCGUCCUGCUGGUGGUCCCCGAGUCCCUGCCGGACAAGAUGAGACUGACCUCGUGGGGUUCACCCAUUUCCUGGGAGCAGGCCGAUCCUUUCGCUUCUCUGAGGAAGGUGGGGAAAGACUCCACAGUGCUGCUGAUCUGUGUCACCGUCUUCCUGUCGUAUCUCCCCGAGGCCGGGCAGUACUCCAGCUUCUUCCUCUAUUUGGGACAGGUCAUUAACUUCUCGUCCGAAGCGAUUGCAGGGUUUAUUGCGAUGGUGGGAAUCCUGUCCAUCGGAGCACAGACGUUACUGUUAAGCGUUCUGAUGAAGAAGAUUGGGAAUAAAAGCACCGUUCUGCUGGGACUGGGGUUUCAGUUGCUCCAGCUGGCCUGGUACGGCUUCGGCUCUGAACCAUGGAUGAUGUGGGCGGCCGGUGCCGUCGCUGCCUUGUCCAGCAUCACCUUUCCUUCUGUGAGCGCGCUGGUGUCUCGAUGCACGGAUCCCGACCAGCAGGGAGCGGUUCAGGGCAUGAUCACAGGAAUCCGAGGUCUGUGUAAUGGACUCGGUCCGGCUCUGUUCGGAUUCAUCUUCUUCCUCUUCAACGUGGAGCUGAAGGAGCUGAGCCCCGUGGAGCAGAACCCCGUCACGCCGGACACUGAGGAGAAGCGUGUGAUUCCUGGUCCUCCGUUCCUGUUCGGAGCGUGCACGGUUCUUCUGGCUCUGCUGGUGGCGGUGUUCAUUCCCUCUCAACACGCUCCGGCCGUGCAGACGUGUAACACGCGUGUGAUGAUGGAGUCUGCGAUCAGCGUCACGGAGAACGGAUCUGUUCCUGUGAGCGACGAAGACAACGAGCCUCUUUUACAGGACAGUAGUUUAUAAGCCCAACAGGAUGGCUUUUAUUCCAGCGGUGUUGUCUGACAAAGCUUUUUUUUUGUUUUUAUCCUUCGGUCUUUGAAAGCGAAUGUGCCUUCUCCAUAUUUCGGCUUACAGUGCAAAACAUCAAGUUCUCCCGCAGAACAAAACCCUUUUAAUUGAGAUUAAUAUUGUUCAGUUCAGGUUUAUUUGUAGCACUUUUAAUGAUGCAAAUGAAACGUUACAAUAUAUGUUUCUGUUUAUACAAGAUCUUGUUUUCUGAACAAUUUAUGCUUCAAACAAGAAUAAAUGUCUGCUAAUGGGUCGAAAAAAUUAUCUAGUUUCUUCCUUUGGAUUAAGUUAAUUUUUUGCCAGCUAUUUGUUCUUGUUUCAAGCAUAAACUCACUUUAUUUCUCAUGUGUCUUAAUUUAAAAAUCUUUAGACAUUUGUUUUGGAAAUCGUCUAAAAUGAUGUGCUGCCGUGUAUCUGAAUGUAAACUGUAGUUCUUUACUAUAUUACUGAUGAACUUUAUCUUAUACAGACUGCAAUAAUAAUAAUGUCCUCGUGGUUAGUUAGUUAAGAGCAUUUAAACACGCAGUGCACAUACAGCCAGAGCGCAGUCUUUCUUUUAAAGAGAAACGGCACAAAACAGACAUAAGCGUUGUCUUUAGGUCAUAGGUUAAUUAUUACGACGAAAUCGUAUUUAAUCUGUAACUCAUAUAUGAGCACCAGCUACUCAACACAGAGCUGCUACCUCACAGUCACACACAGACUUGAUUUAAAGGAAGAGUUCGGACGAAAUUGGAAAAAUAUCCUCAGUCUCAGUUCAUCAGAGAUCAGGAUGAGUUUGUUUCUUCAUCAGGUUUGGAGAAAUGUAGCACUGCAUCAGUGUCUCAUCAAUGGAUGCUCUGCAGUGAAUGGGUGCCGUCAGAAUGAGAGUCCAAACAGAUGAUAAAAACAUCACAAUAAUCCUAGAUAGUCAAGUGCACUAGGUAGUCAAGUGCACUAUAUAAAAAAGUGAAAGUGAAAAAAAAUAUAGUGCACUAUGUAGUCAAGUGCACUAGGUAGUCAAGUGCACUAGAUA